AUGCCUUUGUUCCCCACGGGUACUGGAGUCCAGAUGGAAUCAGAGGGCACAAAGCACAACGCCAAGUCUGCAGCGAUGCAGCCAUCCCAGACAAUCAGGGUGAAGAACCGUCGCAAGCGCUAUUUAGACUUGCAUCCGGAAUACUUUUCUCCUGAGCUCGAGCUAGCUGACCCAUUGUUAUACGAUCGAUUAAUUCGCCGCUUCCAAUCACCAGCGGAGAGAGAAGCCGAGGGGAAAGCGAAGGGAUUCUCCGGCGUGCUUCAAGCGGAUAUAAACCGUUCAGAGGCUAAACUUGAUGCUCUCAACAAUCCCGAUCCUCACGCGAUGUUCAGUUACACCCGUGGACCAAGCGGGGAGAUUCUUGCAGAAGACCGAGACGAGAUACCGGUGAGCAAAGAAGAAGGAGACAAGCUCUGGCGUUGGGAAAUGACAAUGCGGUUUCUCAGAGGGGAGGAUCGAGAUUUUGACUAUACUGUCGUUGAUGAGAAUGACGAAUACGACGACUUGACGGAGGAGCAAGACCGUUACUUUGACGAGGAAGAACCCGAAUGGAUUGUGGAGGGAACAGACAAUGGGGACAUUCAGUCUCGUCUACAUGGGGAGACUGGUGUUCAAGACUUCUGA